AUGACACUCGACCUAGGGCCGCUCGGCUAUCAGUCGAUUCCUUCUGCUGUUCUCCUUGGAAUCGGAGCCCUCACAGCUGCGUCCAUCUCAUGGACAAUCCUCAGAGUUCUUCUCAGUACAUUCGUCCUCCCUGGACAACCCCUGUCCAAGUUUGGUGCCAAAGGAACUUGGGCGGUCGUUACAGGAGCAAGUGAUGGCAUUGGUAAAGAGUUUGGCUUACAACUGGCGGAGAAAGGCUACAAUGUCAUUCUGGUAUCACGCACAGCUUCCAAGUUGGAUGCGUUGAAGACUCAAAUCAAGUCCUCUUCACCCAACGUCUCGGUGGAGACCUUGGCUAUGGACUUCUCCCUGAACAAAGACUCCGACUAUGCCGCUCUGGCGUCUCUGGUACAAGGCAAACAAGUAGCCAUCCUGAUCAAUUCCGUCGGGCAGAGCCAUUCAAUCCCAGUUGAGUUCGCUGAAACUCCAUUGAACGAACUCACCAACAUCAUCAAUAUCAACUGUUUGGGUACGCUCAGGGCCACCCAGAAAAUCCUACCAAGCAUCCUACCACAGAAGCGAGGGCUCAUUUUGACUAUGGGAUCAUUUGGUGGCCUGACCCCAACUCCUCUCCUGGCUACCUAUUCCGGGUCCAAAGCCUUUCUGCAACAAUGGUCAAAUGCUCUGGCAUCUGAACUUUCAUCCAAAGGUAUUGAUGUUUACUUUGUCCACUCGUAUCUUGUCACAUCUGCCAUGUCCAAGAUUCGACGCUCCAACUGGCAGGUCCCAACCGAAAAAGCUUUUGUAAGGUCUACACUGGGCAAGAUUGGCCGACGAGGCGGAAGUAUUGGAUAUUCAUACAGCGGCAGCCCAUACUGGAGUCAUGCUCUGAUUGCAUCGCUCAUUACGGGCCUUGCAGGCUCUUUCAGUAGCAUCGUGUUGGGCAUAAACAGGACAAUGCAUGUGGACAUCAGAAGACGGGCCUUGAGAAAGGCGGAGCGUGAAAAGGCCCAAGGCAAGAAGGCUGCGUGA